AUAAAAGCAUAAGAUACAAUAGCAAAAGACAUAAAUGGAUUCUGACAAAGAAGUUCGCACAACAAACAAUUUUAUUCCAUCUUUCAUCUUUUUCAUCUCCAUCCACAUUCCAUUAUUCCUCAUUCCAUCUUCCCCCCAUCGAUUUCCCCUCUGAUUUCUCCUCUAAUUCGCUCUUAACUACUCCUAAUUCAAUUCCCUUCUCUUCUUUUCUCUCAUUUCUCCUCAUCUUCAACUCCAAUCUUCCGAGCUUCCGGCUAUGAAAUUUGGGAAGGAAUUCAAAACCCAUCUGGAACAGACCCUCCCCGAGUGGAGGGACAAAUUUCUCUGUUACAAACCCCUCAAGAAGCUCCUCAAACACUACCCUAAUCUCCCUUCUACCAUCUAUCCAAUACCCACCAACCAUUCUCUUAAUUUUCUUCUUCCUCCCCUUCAACCCCCUGUUUCCUUUGACGAUCCCACCGAUGCUGCCCCUUGUGAGACUGCUGCUGCUUCUUUGGCUGACCUUCAAGAUUGGUUCGUUAAGAUUCUCAAUGAAGAGCUUGAAAAAUUGAAUGAUUUUUACGUUGAUAAAGAGGAAGAGUUUGUUAUUCGGUUUCAGGAGCUAAAGGAAAGAAUUGAUCGUGUAAAGGAAAAGAGCAGCAGGGGAGGUGUUUUUUCGUCAGAGAAUGAAUUCAGUGAAGAAAUGAUGAAUAUUCGUAAGGACUUUGUUGCCAUUCAUGGAGGAAUGGUGCUUCUGAAAAACUAUAGCUCCCUAAAUUUUGCAGGGCUGAUAAAAAUUUUGAAGAAGUAUGAUAAACGCACGGGUGAACUGUUGCGUCUGCCAUACAUGCAACUUGUAGUACGUCAACCAUUCUUUACAACAGAACUUCUCACAAGCCUGGUUCAUCAGUGUGAGGAAAACCUUGAGGUACUCUUCCCAUUGGAAGCGGAAGUCAUCGAAUCACCCCCGACCUUACGCGUUGACCCAAACCUUAUACUUGAUAACUCCAAAAUUAUUACAGCCCAGACACCUUCAGAUCUUGGGGAGGAAAGUGAGGAUUUAUACCGAAGCAUUGUGGCUGCGAUGACAGCCAUUCGUGGCCUACAAAAAGAAAGUUCCACCAACAAUCCUCUGUCAUUUUCAUCUCUCUUUAAGAGUCAGGAUGAUGAGAGUACCGGUGCUGUGACAGAUGAGAACUCUCCCUCAAACUCUUUGGCUUCUUUGCCUAAAGUUGAUGACGAUGAUGAAUAGUUUUCGUUCUUCCUUCUCUGUGUAACUGAGUUUUGGUAACUUUUUGUUGUCAAGAGUUCACCUUUCAACUUUGUAAACAGAUGAGAUUUGAAUGAGAGGUUAUCUAAUUUUGUACAGUCAAUGUAUAGAAUUCAAUUGGCUGAUCCAAAUAUGGGGCAUCUGGUGGCCGGAAUAAGUUCUUGUUCUA